CGAAUAUCUCUGAUGGCUAGUCGGAUAAGUGAGAAAAUAAGAAUGGUUCUUUGAGGUUGAGAUAAUUUAUUAAAAGAGAAAGGCUUGCCGACUGUUUCAGACCGAGUUUACUUACCUCACGAAUCAGUUGUGGUCAAUCUACUUACCAUACAAGCCGCGUUAAAAAAAUGUUUAUGAAAUGUGUUUCUGUGUUAGUGUUCUUGUUUUUUGUAAAUAUUUGGAUCACCGAUGCGGCCACAGGUCCUAGUCAUGGUAAACUAGUGGUAUGCUAUUUAGGAAGUUGGGCAGUAUAUAGAACUGGCAGGGGUUCAUUCACCAUUGAACAUUUAGAUCCAAACCUUUGUACUCAUCUGAUAUAUUCGUUUGCCGGUCUUAAUAUUAAAGAAGAUUCUUUAAGAUCACUAGAUCCCUGGCAAGAUUUGACUGAGGAAUAUGGAAAGGGUGGUUAUAAGAGGAUCGUUUCUUUAAAAAGUAAAUAUCCCCAUCUUAAAGUUAGCUUGGCUGUGGGAGGAUGGAAUGAAGGUUCUGCAAAUUAUUCCAAACUUGUUGCUGAUCCUCAAAGAAGAAGUAAAUUUGUUGGAAAUGCACUCGAUUUUGUAAGAAAAUAUAAUUUCGAUGGCCUGGAUCUAGAUUGGGAAUUUCCAGGUAAACGAGGUGGUGCUAAAGAAGAUAAAGUUAAUUUCCUGUUAUUAGUUAAAGAAUUAAGGGCAGCUUUUAGAAAAUACAAUCUUCUAUUAACAGCUGCGUUUGGUGCUGGUAAAGAUACUAUAGAUGUAGCUUAUGAUGUAGAAGGUCUUUCAGUAUAUUUAGAUUACAUCCAUAUGAUGUGUUAUGAUUACCAUGGAGCAUGGGAUAAACAAACAGGAGCCAACGCUCCUUUAAAAGGCACUGACACACUAAAUGUGGAAUAUACUAUUAACUACAUGCUUAGUCUAGGAGCACCAGCCAAAAAAUUAGUACUAGGAAUACCUUUAUAUGGUAGAACAUUUUUAAUAGAUGAGCCUUUACUAGAAACAUCCAAGAGGAAACCAAAAUUAGGCGCUCCUGCUUCACAUCUAGGUUUCGCAGGUCCCUAUACCGGAGAAGGUGGUUUCGUCGGAUAUAAUGAAGUUUGUUUGGAAUUGAAAAAUACCUCUCUGCACUGGAAAACAUACUGGGAUGAAGAAACGCGUACACCUUUUGCUGUAUCGAAUAAUCGAGUAAUGGUUUAUGAUAAUGAACAAUCCAUUGCGGAAAAAAUCCAUUUUGCAAUGGAAAAGGGACUUGCAGGUGCCAUGGUUUGGUCAAUAGACACAGACGACUUUCAAGGAGAUUGCUCAGAUGAAGCGAAUGAAAACUUUAUCAACUAUCCUCUAAUGAAUUGCAUCAACAAGUCGAUUGUAAAGAGUCUUGAGGAGUUGAAGAAUGUGAUAAGCGAUAACAAAACAGAUGGGGACGGUAGUAGUUUAGCGACAAGUAACAUUUUAGCUAUUAUUACUUUUCUUCUUUUUACUUAUUUCUUAUAGAUGUACAGAACUUAAUUUACCAUAGGCCGGAAUUUGUAAAUAGUUUUUUUUUAAAUAUUUUUCCACCAGUUAAAUUAAAUUAUUUUUUACUUUAUACAGUAUGUAAAUAAACUUUGGAUACCUAUUAUAUAAAAAAGUCAAAAACAAAAUCCUGCAUAUGGUUUUUAGUCUUAAAAUUCGUUUGUGAUAAAAGGUUAUAUUUUUUAACCGGUUGCAAUUUGUACUGUGUAAGCUUUAAACAAUUUAGAGAAAAGCA